UCAAUAUCAAUCAUAUGUUAACAAAGUAUUUUUCUUCUUCCUGUUUGGAACCUUGGUGGUAUGUUGGGAGUGCAGUAAAAAUUUUCCCUUCUGAUUAAAACACCAAAAUGCCAUAAAAAUUUCUAUUGUUUUGGAGUUGAUUGAUCAGGAAGUUCAGUUUAAGGAAAUAAAAGUUUCAGGAAGUCUUGGCUUGAGGAGAAUUCAGAAGGGAAACUUUGGAUUGUGCAUGUAAAAGCAUUGAAGUUUCUUCUCCAUUUCCAGGAAAAGGCUUUCACAAAUGAGAUUUCUGGAUCUGUUCACUGUGGCAGUAAUGCCAGUUCUCAAGGUAAUAUUGAUUACUGGUGUUGGCUUGUUGCUGGCCAUGGAUCGCAUAAAUCUAUUGGGACCAGAGGCAAGGCACCAUUUGAACAACAUUGUAUUCUAUGUGUUGGGUCCUUCACUUGUGGCCAGCAACUUGGCUGAAACUAUCACUUUCCAAAGUUUUGUUACCUUGUGGUUCAUGCCAGUGAAUAUUUUUAUAACAUUCAUUAUUGGCUCAGUACUGGCUUGGAUUCUCAUAAGAAUUACUAAAACUCCUAAACAUCUUCAGGGUAUGGUCAUCGGUUGCUGUUCUGCAGGAAAUAUGGGAAAUUUGCUUCUUAUUGUGAUUCCAGCAGUCUGCAAGGAAUCAAAUAAUCCAUUCGGAGAUUCAUCUCUUUGCUCUACACAUGCUGAGGCUUAUGCUUCACUAUCUAUGGCGAUAGGAGCCAUUUUCAUAUGGUCGUAUGUGUACACCAUAAUGCGCAUGUAUGCACAAAGUGGAGCGGAAAAUGUCUCCACCAUAAGCCUCAAUUCUCCCAGAGACACCUCUAAAACAGUUUCUGAGAGUUGUACAGAAGCUCUACUACCUUCAAGCAAUGUUUGCCUUAGUUCUGAAGGUUAUUCAGAACAAGAUGAACUGCCUAUUACCAUCUAUAGGGGUGGAACAAAGAUGCCUGUUUUGAAGAAGACAAUUCAGCACAUUAAGAUGAUUAUGGGGAAGAUUGACCUGAAGAAGGUGUUUGCACCUACAGCAAUUGCUGCGAUUGUCGGGUUCAUCAUUGGGAUAGUCUCUCCAAUCCGAAAACUAAUCAUUGGUGAUAGCGCUCCCCUUCAUGUAAUUGACACUUCUGCAUAUUUGUUAGGGGAGGCAGCUAUCCCAUGUUUGACAUUGAUACUAGGGGCCAACCUUCGGAAAGGUUUAAAUGGAUCAGAAGUAAGCCUAUUUGUCAUUAUAGGGAUUAUAGUAGUGAGAAACAUACUCUUGCCUCUCUUGGGGAUAUUUGUUGUAAAAGCUGCACAUCAUUUUGGAAUGGUUGGCCCAGAUUCCUUGUAUCAGUUUGUUCUUAUGCUUCAGCAUGCUGUUCCACCUGCAACUGCUGUAGGUACAAUAACACAGUUUUUUCAGCUUGGUCAGGGUGAAAGUUCGGUGAUUAUGCUAUGGAGUUAUGCCGUAGCUUCAUUCUCCCUGACACUUUGGUCAACCUUAUUUAUGUGGCUUCUAGCUUGAUUUGUUGUUCAACUUUUGUUCCUCAACUUUUGUCAUCGUAUAACACUGAGAACCUCAAGGCUAUUAAGGCCCUUCUCGUAGGAUCUCCCACAUGAAAGAAUUACGCGAGUAUUAGUUAUAUUGGAUUCCAUGCUUGUAAAAUUGUGAUGGUUUUAACAAGGGAUGUAUUCUGUCUUUGAUUUAAAAAAAAAAAAAGAAUAGUUUGUUGUGCAAGAAAAUCCCACCUAAGGUCUUCAAUCACAAAGAGGAUGUCGAUGAAUUUUCCCUGCCAACAAAAGUGAGAAAGAAUGAGAGGAGGAAAAAUAUGUAGAGGGAGAGGAGGAACUCUAGUUACCUCCUUGAGCCAAAAGUUCUUGAUGCAAUGAACAAGAAGGUUGCCAGACCCUGCUUAUAUAACACUACGACCCUGGGGCUCACCCCCUUUAGAAGAAUUAACUCAUGCAAAGCAGAAUGAUGAUCCAACCAUGGCCAAAGCAGGCAUGGAAUCAUCGAUUCUUCCGAUACCUAGGAUAUACAUGUACUUUAGAUACUUUAAAACUGACUAAACCCCGCAUAUAUUGUUUGUUUCUGCAAUCAGGGGAAGAUCCAUCUUUUUA